AUGGCUUCUGUCUCUCCAUCUGACACAACGGCGCAUCUUCCACCAGAGCAUCUUGCUGACUCAGACGUCGCGAUCGCGGCUACGUCGGUCGAGCAAGGCGACCAGACGGAGCCAGCCGUGGCCACUGCACAAACGGACACGAGUAUCGCCAUUGAGGAUGGAGAUGCUCCAGCUCCAGCCCCAGCCCCAGCCGCCUCGACCUCCAUCACAGGCGACGCCGCCGAAGAUUCAUAUCCCGAGCUAGAAGACCAUAUCACGCUCCAGCCUCCUCCUCCUCCUCCUCAUCCUCCAGCUGGAUUCAAGCCCUACUUCACACUCCUCGAAGAUCGUAUCACGGGGGAACAACACCAUCCGACAGUACAUUACAUUUUCGCAGACGACGACCCCGAUCUGCUGACUAACGCUGCGCUCGAGACGUUGCUGCAUACACCACAUCAUCAUCAGCAACAACAACCGGACGCGGAAGUCGCUUCUACGGAGAGAUUCAUGCUGGUAGACAUGAGUGCAGAUGGACAAGACAUCGUGUCAACAUCUUCUCUGUCUGCAGACUGGCAAAGUUUUGAAAGCAGUUUGGCGCAAGCUCCUUCCUGGGGGAACGAUAGCGCCUCUACACAGUUAAUGCUACGCAUUUCCGGGCAAGGGUCGCUGCCUGUUCUUCGCCGUGGUCGUGGGGAUCAGCGACGGAUGGACGAUGUGGCUGGCCUGACUCGACUGCUCGAUGAUGUUCAGAUGGAUCUGGAGAGUGUAGUAGUAGGUAACGCAGGUCAUACGACGCAAUGAGACUCUAUAGACAGAGGAGGUCACGAUGUCAGUAAUGACAAUUAGUGACAUGGACGAGCACGAGAACGAGCAAUACAGCACAGACUUCGGGGGUUUCUUGUUGUUUGUUCUGUCGAAAAUGGGGGUAUCUCUAAUGAAAAGGCAAUGUAUUUGAUUAACCCUCGCUGAUUCGGACACUUUUUCGUGUCGCCCGUCUUGGUCUGCCACCCGUGUCAACCUCGACGGGCGGCUCUGUCGUUUGAGAUGGUUUCACUUGCUGCAGCGGCAUCACCGGGGAUGCCGCCUUCUCCGACUUCAUUGCGCUUGUUUGCGCAGGCGCUGCCGCUUCUCCAUCAGUCUUGGUUUUGAGCAUACUACCACCUUUCUUCGUCUUGGUCGCUUUAGCGGUGGGCCGGGUUUUCACGUGUUCCUCGACGACGGGUGUUGCCUCUUUCGAUACGUUCUCUUUCUCCGUCACCACUGUGCUUUUGAAAGGCAGACGAAGGGCCAGAUGUGAGUCUGGUGCGCGUUCGCAACGUUGCAUGACGGCUUCCAUAUAUGAGCGCACUUCCUCGGCUGGUUUGACCCACCGGCGAACGCAAUUGAGCAACUCCUCGCGUCCGUAGGCGACUUCGAUCAUGAUUGUUAUAGGCUGCCAGUAUUCUGCGUUGGGCUCAAGACCAUCGCUGUCCGCUGCCUGAUGGCCUUUGCGGAUUACGAUGAAGCUGACUAGUAAGUGCUGAGGGGAUAGAGUCUCGAGAAUGCUGUGUUGUGGGAAUAGGAAUCGGUCUUCAGUAGCUCCAACGUCCUUGAAAGCGAUGAUGACGGGUAAGGCAGGAGCCACCCAAGGUUGCUGUUGGCCAUGCUGUUGUGGUUGUUGUCCAGGCUGUGCAGGCGGGUAUGGCUGUGUACCUGGGGCGAGUUGCAUUGUUCCAUUCAGUGUGCUGGAGACUCUCAUGUCUGCUUGUCCAUCGUAUUGAAUCGUAUUCGGCUGCUGGUAGGCUUUGGCUGUCGAGUCGUCUUGGUCUUGUUUCUGUCGUGUGACCAUGGCUGUGAGCUCAUCGAUGUGCUUCUGGAAUACCUUGAGCUGCUCCUGAGUGGCAUGGCCUGUAGCCACUUCCUUCAUAAGGGACUUCAGCUCCGGGUCGGUCGAUGCACGAGUGGCCAACAUGCUAAUGACCGGAUCUGGUUUCGUUCCUGAUUGGGGCGCCGGGCUACUCGCCUGGGGAACACGAGGCGGCGAUUGCUGAGGUAUUUGGGGCUGGCCUGGUGGAAUCGUGGGGGGCAGGCCACGAUGCUGGUACUGCUGAGCUGGUCUGUAGUGCGAAAUGGGCUGCUUCGGCGCUACAGGCGCUUUCGCUCGCUCCUCCACAUACAUUUCGGCCACAAAAAGAUGGGGCUCGAUUCGUAUUCGACACUCGCCUCGACUCUUC